CUGCAUGGCAUCAUCCAUUACUUACGGAACACACAAGAAGAGUCUUUACACACGCACAGCACAAAAAAGCAUGCAAUGCACCACGAGCAUGGUUUUGUCCAUCCGGCAGGCAACCCGACGUUCAUCUGCCUAUUCCGCCGCCCAUUCAGUCAGCACCGACUUUUUCUUUCACUCUCCCUCCCUUGCCCCAAGCACCGCCCUCUCCCUAGGCCCUCUGUCUUCGUCUCCCCCCAACCGGUACCCCCCACUCUGGGGCCACACAUGCCCACUCGGAUCGGCCUCCCACUCAGUCUCGUCCGCAUCUUUCCGCCUCAGCAGCGGCUGCAGCGCCGAUUCUAUGUGUUGGCGUAUCUCUCGCCAGUUGCGGCCCAUGAGCCAGAGCAGCAGGAGGACGGUGAAGGCCACCCAGUGCAUUGGGAGGUCUGACAGGGGGCGGUACACCUUGUCAUACAGAUAACGCCAGGCAGACCUGCAAACAGACAGGGACGGAGGGAGGGAGGGAGUAUGAUGCGGUGCGCGACGGACGGCGAUUGUCCGUCGGCUGUGUGGGUGGGCUUUUGUGUGUACCGUUUCGGCUUCUUCAUCCGCACUGUUUCGUCACCAACGGGCUUCUUCGCGUACCCCUUCGUCAUGGCGGCGGGAGUGCCUGCAGUGCAGAGAAGGCAUGUAUAUUGGCACAAACACGGUCGAUCGAUGAAUGCACUUGGUGUGUGUCUUGUUUGUUGUCUCACCAUCGAAGCAUGGCACAGACGUGGCGUCCCCUGCCGCAGGGGAGUCCGAUCCCUCAUGCAGCGCCGCCAAGAUGCUGUCCUCGUCCCUCACACGGCUGCUGUGCACCUCAAAGCCGGACAGGCGGCAAAAGUCAUCGCUCGUCGAUGUGACUGAACACACGAACCACAGGCAAGCAGAUGAGAGCGGUGGGUUCGGUUGCGACAUUUUCACUCCACUCACUCAGUCACUCACUCUCUUGCAGAGGGCUGCAGACGGAGUGGUGUGGCCCACAAGGCAUCAGCUUCUCGGCGCUGCCUGAGGGGGCGGGGGAGAAGUAGUCGUCCCUGCAUGAGGUGUACCACUCAUCACACAGGCUGGCACACAGCAGCGGCACUCUGUUGCGCGUCUUGACCUCGGUGCCCACGUCGCCGUCACACACAGCACACCACACGCGGCUCGUGGCAUCCUGACGGACGGAACGAACGGAAAGGACCACACCAUACGACGUAUGAACACCGCGAGAUUGAUGAGUUGCCUUGCAAAGGUCCGAUGCGGUGCCUUCGUCGCCGAAAGCCGCCACCAGUUUGCUCAGUAUGCGGUCGGUGUGGAUGCGCUGACAACACGCUGGGCGAACCAGACAGACAGACAGGCACUCAACUCAACGAACCGUUUGUUUAUCCCACGCAAUCCUCUGUGGCCUCUCCGCUCACUUCUCGCUUCAUGCUCCGGGCAGAAAGACAGCAGGCCCCGUCGAUCUCGAGGCACGUCCAGAGCAAAGUCCAUCGACUUGGAACACAGACCUGCAAUGCAAUCACACACACACAUAUGGCACCACCCGAAGGACGCACCACAAUGAUAUGAGUCAGUCGCAUGCACAGCACUCACUGCUUACGUGUGUCCUUUCCAUUGGGUGCUGCCUGCGCUCCCGUCGACAAUGUCCAGAGCAUCACCGCCAGGGCUGCCUGGAGAGUGCCGUGAAGGCACAGCAGAAAGGAUCCUCGCCCGUCAGCUGCCAUGAGAGAUGAGCCAAUGACGAUAGGCAGCGCCAUCGUUGUCCAGAGGACGCUAAUCACGAGGCGCCUG